GGGUCAAUCGGUACACAGCCACCAUUACGAGCACUAAUCGCGCCAGGCCAUCGCAGCAGCAGGGUGGAACGUACCCAUCCACCGGAGUAGUCCACCAGUGAGCGUGCCGGGUUCAGUCCGUUCGGUUCCAUACGUGCGUUACGAUCCUCGCAAGAGAGACAGAAAGUUUGUCGGCCCAUCAAGAUGGUGUUAUGUCACGUUCGUGCGACCGUGCGGUUAGGCAGCUUGGUGGCCAAGACCAGCGCGAAAAGCUGGACCCUGCGGGCCCGUCCGUUCAGCAUCAGCAGUGUGGCGCUGAAAGAGCGUCUUUUCACGGACAAGCAUGAAUGGGUGUCGGUGGACGGUGAUGUAGGCACGGUUGGCAUUUCGAACUUUGCACAGGAGGCCCUCGGUGAUGUAGUGUUCGCACAGCUGCCCGAUCCCGGAACCAAACUAUCGCAGAAGGACGAGUGUGGCGCACUGGAGAGUGUGAAGGCGGCGAGCGAAAUCUACUCACCCGUGUCCGGUGAGGUGACGGUGAAAAAUGGUGCCGUAGAGGAGACGCCCGGUCUGGUGAACUCAUCCUGCUACGAGAAUGGUUGGCUUUUCAAGCUGAAGCUCACCAAACCGGACGAGCUGUCGAAGCUGAUGAGCGAAGAGCAGUAUACGGAGUUUUUGAAAACUGCUGACCAUUAGAGAAGUGUGCCGCCGACCACGUGUGGCGUGUGCCCGUUUACUGUUUUUACUCUACCUUUAAGUUUCUACCGUAAUGCCAAUGACUAGUGUGCGAGUGUUUGAUUUUGGGAAAUAAAUAAAACAUUCUCUGUGAGUAA